AUGAAUAUAACACCUGAUUUGUAUAACAAUUGCAAUUAUCUUCAACAAAGAGAUGGCAAACGUCUUAUACAGCGUAUUGUCGAUGAUUUCCCCGAUAAACAUUUCAAUACAAUUGUCGAUCUCGGCUGCGGUACCGGCAAUAUAACCAACGAGUUGGCCACUAAACUAUCGCAUCAGUCGAUAAUCGGUGUCGACAUCAGCGAACCGAUGAUCAAGUUUGCCGCCGAAAACUAUCGCCGACCGACUGUCCAGUAUUUGGCAGCCGAUAUUUGCGAUGAAUGGCCAAAAUUUAAGGAUAAGCUACAACUGGCCGAACAUAGUGUCGAUCUAAUUGUUUCCAUCUAUUGUUUGCAUUGGGUAUCCGAUUUGGACGAAACCAUCAAAAAUAUAAUCAAACUAUUGAAACCAGGAGGCUAUUGUUAUAUACUAUUGUUUUCGUGGAGCGAUUUAUUACCGAUUCAACAAAAAAUGGCAAUUAUGGACAAAUGGCAGCAAUAUUUUUUUGCUAUACCUAAAAAUUGGAACAGGAUUGCAAAAAAAUCGAGAGAAACCAUCCGGAAAUUAAGCGAACAUUUGGCCCCAUUUCCCGUGUUUGAAGCACCCGAUGAACAACAAUUGUUGGCCAAAUGGCGCGAUCUGUGCCGCGAUAAUGGCCUCCAUGAGCCGGAAACUGUUUUGACGCACACCUACUAUCAAUUUGCUAAUCACCAGCAGUUUAAUAACGUAUUGCAAGCCAUGUGCCACUUCUUGCCGUACAUUCCCGACGACCAAACGGCCGACUUUAUGGCCGAAUACUUACAAUUGGUUAACGACGACUACAUAAGCAAACAAUUGUUGAACGGAAAGUUGGUUCAAACGACUAAUGAGACACCUGUGCGACUCAAUUACGAUCAUAUGAUUGUUGUCACUCAUAUACCUGUAUAG